UAUCCUAGGUUCCUUCUUUGAAUGACUCAGAGCUUCAUGACUUAAAACCUAAUACAAUAGUGAAAUACAGGUGUAUGGUACAAGACAUGUUUGACCCAGAAUUUUAUCUUGGUGUCUAUGAAGUUUCAGAUAAAAAGGCAGAGCAAACUUAUUUGAGAACUGGACGGUACCGUGACAUUGCAGAGUGUUUACCUCAUCAACAUAUAGAAUUAGAAUCUACAAGAAAUGUAACCUUAGAUAGACAGACAUUGUACUGUGUUCCCAUUCCGGCAGAGACUGCAUGGGUUAAACAAGCUUUUUCUCGCACAAGCCAAGCCAAAGUGACUCCAUCCACAUCUUACAACAUAUCAAGACCGAAGCGAUCCUUGGACUCGGAAGUUGGUGUCUCAGGAAACACUACCAAUCUACUAAACAGUGGCAACUCAAUAGCAAAUGAGGAGGUUGCUACCAUGGAAACAGAAGGUGAAAGUUCAGAGAAUAAGAGAUCACGUACUUAUGAAGAAUCUGGCACCACUACAGCUAGUACUCCAAACUUGAACUUUCCUCUCCCAAAUGAAGAGGGACCAGCGUGUCUUGUGAAAAUAUAUGAUGGUUUUGAUAAUUUUCGUGUGAAUGAUGUGGUAGAAUUUAUCGGUGUUUUAUCAAUUGAUCCAGCCUUAGCUACAGAUACUCAUCAACCUUCUUCGGAUAUUACCUCAUCAUUUGUUGAUCCAAGUGAAGCCAUGGAAGGUGUUGAAGAACGUCAUGCACAUUCACCCCCGCCAUCACUAGUACCAAGAUUACAUGCUAUAAUAGUCAAUAAGUUACAACAUAAUAAUCCUUUAUUACCUCAAAAUAUUCAAACUGAAGAGGCACACACUGUUAUACAGAAUACAUUAUCAGAGGCUGUUUCCAUUAGACAAGAUUUGAUUACAAUGUUUCAACAAGUACUGUAUGGUGAUAGUUUAGCAGCUGAAUAUCUGCUUCUUCAUCUUGUAUCAUCAGUAUAUGCAAGAAGAGAUGUACUAGCAUUGGGAAAGUUUUCGAUGAAUUUAACUGGGUGUCCUGUAGGAACGUGUUUCACUGAAGAGUUGUACCAACUUGUCGAAGAAUUAUUCACGAAGGUUCAUUACUUACCGAUGACACUGACUAACAUGAACACAUUGAAGUUUAUUCCAAAGAAGGAUUAUUCAGCCAAUCGGUUAUUAAGUGGAAUGUUACAAUUAAGUGAAAGAACACAUCUUAUAGUUGAUGAGACUGCGCUGCAACCUGGACAGCUAGAUUCAAAUGGUGUACACAAUGUGACUGCACUGGGCAAUGUCUUGUCAUGGCAGAAAAUAGAUUAUGAUUUUAAUUUCCACAGAGCAGAGUUUCCAACUAACCUUGUUGUCUUAGUACUGUCAGAAGGGAAGUCACUUCUACCU